AUGUCAGUUCACCAUUCGUUCAACUGUGAAACUACCAACCUUGAAAGACAUCACUGCAACGACUGCAAAUUCCAGACCGAUCUGAGCAUAUUUUUGAAAAACCACAUCCAAAUUUGUCACGGAAUUAAAACAGAGUGUGAAAACGUCGAAAUACACACUAUUAAAAGCUAUAUGUGUAUCCAGUGUGGCUUUGAAACCCACUUUUUGCUAAAAUGGCUACAACAUACGUCAUUAUGUUAUCAAUAUUUCCAAGACGUUGGAACAAUCUCAUUUAAUUGUGAUGUGAAACCAUUUCCUUGCAAACAAUGUCCAUACAAAGCUAAAAACCCGUGGCGUUUAAGAAGACACAUAAACGUACGACAUGCAGACGAAAAAGACAUCAAAUGGUACAAAUGCAGCCAAUGUCCAUACAAAGGCAAAGCAAAACAAUACCUAAAACAACACAUCUACAUGCAACAUUUAAACGAAGAAGACAUCAAUUGGUUUAAAUGUGACAAGUGCCCAUAUAAAGCUAAACGAAAAGCGCUCUUAUCCGAACACUCAUUGUGGCACAUGGACGACAAAGACAUCGCUUGGUACAAGUGUGACAAGUGUUCUUACAAAGCCAAGUCCAAACGGCGCUUAAACGACCACACUUACAUGCACCUGGACGAAAAAGAUAUCAAAUGGUAUAAAUGUGAACAAUGUCUGUAUAAAACCUCACAGAAACAUCGUCUGAAAAAGCACACCAACUUGCGCCACUUGGACGAAAAGGACACGAAAUGGUACGAAUGUGACAAGUGCAAAUUUAAAACUAAGCUGAAACGGACGCUGGAGUUGCACGAACACGCCAAACACUUAAUCGGGGAAAAUCUGAAGUGGUAUAAUUGUGACCAGUGUGCGUACAAAUCCGUUAUAAAGAGGAACUUGACGCGGCACGUGAUCAGUAACCAUCAAAAAGAGGACGAAAUUCAGUGGCAUCGGUGUGAGAAGUGUGCGUAUAAAGCUAAAUUGAAGCAGUCGCUGAAAAAGCACAUAAUUUCGCAGCAUUUGGGGGCUAACAAUGUUACAAAACCAACUGGAUAA